AUGUCUGAAGAGAAUGUCCAAGAUGACCUCGCCCCUGAGCCUGACGUGCCGGACAAUUUCUCUGCCACGACAAGUCUCCGAAGCUCCAUCAUAGACUACCGUGUCGAAAACGGCAGAACAUACCAUCGUUACAAGGAAGGCAAAUACUUUGCACCCAAUGACGAGCUGGAAGUCAAUCGGCUAGACCUCCAGCACCACCUAUUCCUCCUCACAUUCGACAACAGGCUGGGAUUUGCGCCUCCGAAUGAUCCGGAGUGGAAGGGCGGCCGUGUGCUCGACGUCGGGACUGGCACCGGUAUCUGGUGUAUUGAAUUUGGCGACGAGCACCCUAACGCGGAUGUCCUCGGUUUUGAUCUGUCGGCCACGCAGCCAGAGUUCGUCCCGCCAAACGUUCAAUUCGAAGUAGACGACCUCGACAACGAGUGGAUCUACUCUCGGCAUUUCGACUACAUCCACAUCCGCGGCAUGUCGGGAAGCGUGCGCAACUGGACCGAACUCCUCAGAAAGUGCUACGACAAUCUCAAUCCCGGCGGCUACAUCGAGCUCCAAGAAGUAGAGGAGACAAUAGUCCGAGCAGACAGCUCAACUUCCACAAGCGAUGCCUUUUCUCGAUCCCUCGCCUACGUCUCCUCGGCCCUCAAAGUCUUUGGAUGCCCCUUUAUCCCUCUCGACGACCUCAUGGCGCUCGUCACGGACACGGGCUUCGCAGACAUCCAAGACCGCCGCUUCAUAUGGCCUCUGAAUAGCUGGCCCCGCGAUCCGCAUCUCAAGGAGCUCGGGUCCUGGACUCGCGAGAACCUCGCCUGCAACACGGCCGGCAUGAUCAUGGCGCCCAUGACACGGGUGCACGGGUGGACGGAGGAGGAGGUGCAUAUCUUUGCUGCCGAGGUGCGAAGAGAUCUCGCUGAUCGUGGGAAUCACGCGUACUGGCCGAUCCGUGCUAUCUGGGCCCGAAAGCCCAAGCCGUCCGAGUGA